AUGAGUUCCGAGGACUCUGAUUUCUAUGGCGACGACGAAGUUCUGGCAGACCUCAAAGCCAAAGUAAAGGUAUUCGACGUUGAAGCCUGGUGGGAACAAAACCGAACUCUCGAUACACCGCUCAAGAUGCAGGCGCAAAAGAAGGAAACCGUUGAUAUCUCUCAUCUCCAUAACCCGUAUGCUGGCCUUAAGAACGCCUGGCAACUCACCGAGACCAUUGAAGAUAAUCAAAUGAUCCCUGGCGGCGAAGACGAAGCCCCUGAAGAGGUUGGCGCGGACCUGCCCAGUAUGGUUGAGGGUGGGAUGGCAAGACUUCAUCUUGCCUCAGAAUUCAUCGACGCAUGUAAGAAGUCCGGAAAUCAACCAGGUGCUAUCACUCGAGAAUGUCGAAAAGCCGGGAUGGACGCGGCCAAAGAUAUUCUCAACCUGGCAAGGAUGCUACGUGUGAGAUGUGGCAAGUGGAUGCUCUUUUGUUCUGUCUUCCAAGUUAACGAGAUUUGGGAGACUGUCGCCAAAGCGACGGCAAAUAAUGAGCUUGGUAUUGGUGCCAAGGUUGCGCCACGAUCGACAACUGAUAAGAGAACGGACCGGCUCAUCUGCGUCUACACCGCCGAUUUCUCCGAUACGAAGGACGUGAAGAGAGUCGUCGAGAAGUUGAAGCAGCUCGGACUCAUCCAGGCUAGGGAUCGAUCAAUUUACUACAAACCUGGUAAGUUUAUUAUCUGA